UUUUUUUUUUACUCGUCUUUUAUUACUUUUAUCUAUUUUAUAAUAUAAACAUGACUACAACUAAUACCCAAGCCAAGAAACCUGUUAGAGUGUGGGUGGAUGGCUGUUUUGAUAUGAUGCACUAUGGUCAUGCUAAUGCUUUACGACAGGCCAAAGCUAUGGGCGAUGUACUUGUAGUAGGUGUUCAUUCUGAUGAAGAGAUCAAGAAGAAUAAGGGUCCAACUGUGAUGAAAGAAGAAGAACGAUAUGCAGCAGUGGCAGCAUGUAAAUGGGUAGAUCAAGUAGUACCAAAUGCACCAUACAAUACUACAGUUGAAAUCUUACGGGAAUACGAUAUUGAUUUUUGUGUACAUGGUGAUGAUAUUACCACUAUGGCGGAUGGAACCGAUUGUUAUCAAGCAGUCAAGGAUGCUGGUCUUUACCGGGAAUGUAAACGUACAGUAGGUGUAUCUACAACGGAAUUAGUGGGUCGAAUGCUUUUGAUGACUCGUGAUCAUCAUAGUCGACGACAAUCUAUUGGUGGAUCUUCUAUUGCAAGUAUCAAUUCGGAAGAUCUGGGUUCUUUCAGUACCACGGGCCGCCCCAACGCCAUCAAUGAUCCUCUUCGACGUACUACCAUUUCUCAUUUUUUACCAACUUCCAAACGCAUUGUCCAAUUUUCUGAAGGUCUGGAACCAAAACCUACUGAUCGUGUUGUCUAUGUGGAUGGUACUUUUGAUUUAUUCCAUGUUGGUCAUGUGGAAUUCUUGAAACGUGCAAAGGCUUUGGGUGAUUUCUUGAUUGUUGGUGUUCAUGAUGAUCAGACUGUCAAUGCUAUCAAGGGCUCCAAUUAUCCAUUAAUGAAUCUCCAUGAACGUGCUCUUAGUGUUUUAGCUUGUAGGUAUGUGGAUGAAGUCAUUAUUGGUGCACCCUACAGUGUCUCUGAAGAUAUCUUGAACAAGGAAUACACCGUACACAUUGUGGCUCAUAGCAACACUGUCACUGCACCUGAUUUGGAUGGACGGGAUCCUUAUGAGUUGCCCAAACAACGUGGUAUUUAUCAAAUCAUCGACAAUCCUAACUCCACUAUUACCACCGAUGGUAUUAUCGAUCGUAUCAUUGAAAAUCGACUUGUUUAUGAAGAACGUCAAAAGCGAAAGAACGCCAAGGCAACUGUGGAACAAGAAAAAGAAGCGCAAGAAAAGUUAUUGAAAGCUAGACAAUAGAACGGUAUUAUAGUUGAUUUAGUUAGUAGAUGUGAAAGUAGAAUAGUUAUAAGAAAAACUUUCAAAUAUCCAAUAAAAAAACAUAUCAUUUUUAUUUUGUAUCUAGA